AUGCAGAUCAAGCUGGAAUUGACAACACUGAACGAGAAAGAACUCCGAAAUUUGGUUCUUACUGUUGCUCAAGAUUUCAAGUUCAAGUAUGAAACACUGAAAGCACUGUAUCACAAGGAAGAGAGAAGAAUCGGGAUGACGGGCACAGCUUCAGUAUGCUUUAAUUGUUCAAGCUGCAAUCGAUCAGCUGAAAAUUUUCUCCGAUGUGAUCAGUGUGAUCAUAUUCUGUGUGAGAAAUGUAAUGAUGACAAAAUAUGCGAAUUUUGUGUUACACAAAAAUGUCCGGAGUAUAAGCUUAAAGAAUGGUGGAUAUUAUGUCCGUUCAAAGGAAGCCAAUUUGGAUAUGCUAAAUACUUGUGUCAGUGCCCACAGUCAGAUGAUAAUGAAGCCUGGUAUCUACGAGCUGUAUUAGAAUUGCAUAUUGAUUUCACGCUGAAAGCACAAGUCGAUUCAGCAAGGAUAUUUAAUUUUCCGAUCUGCAAGUGUCGAAUACUUUGA